UCGGAGCGGGACUUGAACCCGGGGCCUCUGAGUUUCAAGUCCGGCGCCCUAGCCACUCGGCCACGCUGCCUCCUUAAAAGUAAAUCUCUCUGGGAACUUUGCUUAAACGUUUAACUUUUGGGUUCACAGCCACCUGAAAUUUACGAAAAUUUAAGGUUUCUCAGAAUCCUCUUUUAAACUUUGCAAAAGUUGUAUCUUAUCUUGCUUAUUACAUUUCUACGACUGUCACUAGAAUAACUGUCAGUAGACUUGUUUUUUAGUUAAAGCUGACGUUAAGGGUGUUUUAACAGGUUAUACUGUUGUUAUAGCAACCUGUUUUAAAAAAAGCAUGGGCACAACUUUCUGUCAAUGAUUGCGCAGCUGUAUGACGUCAUUAUUGUAGCUGAUCAUCCAACACAGAGUGGUAGUUCUGAUCCAGCAAAGCAUAAAUUAUGAAAAGAACUGGAAACUAUUGUCAGCCACCUUAGAUUGACCUAAAGAAGAAUACCCGCGAUCUUUAUUAGUUGUUUGAUAAAAAGGCAUGGUUAGACGUUACGGGAAGGAUUUUUUCCGCAAUUAAACCGUCGUGGUAUAUUAUCCGUGCCUGUCACUUACUGUUUCGUUUUAGCGACUGAAAACAACAUUGCACAAAGUUAUUUCGUGGUCAGUUUGAUCGGGACAUUUCGUUACGUCAAAGAUAGGGUCUUUUGGAAUUAAAACUUCAGCAUUGAUCACAAAGAUAACCCGAUUAUUCUGAUGGAACUGUUUAUAUUAUAUGGACAAUUGUGGGAGUUAGAAGAAUUUGUGUUAAUUCAACAGCUGAUGAAACCGUGGGUGAUACGAAUAAUGGUGUUUUGCAAAUAAAAUGACAGCUGAUCAAGUUUCGCUAAAGAAAGAGGGGCUCCCAUUUUAAUUGCAAAGUUAUGAAUCUCCAAAUACAGAGAUAAUUUUCACGCCUUUUCAAACCGUUGCGGUCUAAAUAUUUUCUUUCUUUAAGUCGUUCGUUUAUACUUCGUUUUGUUUCUUUCCUUUGGGCUACAGCUCGCACCGGCUAAUCUUUUGAACUUUUCUCGAAAUACAGAAGCCGCCUUACAGUUUAGGGCUGUUUAACCGGUUUGCACUCAUUAAAAAAGGUCACCACUCCUUCCCCCCAGGAAACACACAACACCACUGCCAAACAAUUCACGGAUUAAACUGUGUUACCGACCUCAGCUCAGGCAAGCAUUUUUAGGUGGAUUCAAAUUUAAAUUCGGUGUGUAGUGGCUUAUGGCUUAUGAGACAUCAGACUUCUACUCACCAGCUGGCUUUAUAGCUAUAAUCAAGACUUCAAUUUCCUGUUGCGUUUUGAGAUCUUCUGUACUUACCGAUAAGAGCGCCAUCGUAUUUGUCCUCUUGUCCGAAGGAUAGGGACGUUAAUUUAUCUCUGUGCCCGAAAUUUUGGUGAUUCAAUAUUGUCCUCAAUUUAACAUCUCGUAAAAAGGGAAUCGAAAGUGAAAAUCUAGUAAGAAAGUUCAAAAAAGUAUUUUUGUUUGAGAGUUUAGCUCCCUUUUUACUUUCUAUCUUAAUCCUAAAUAAAGAUUUAAAAAAUUGAUUGACACUUUGUCAACUAUCGUGAAAGCCAGCGAAAUGAGCGAUACUUCGAUGCCAAAAUUAUUUUUUCUAUUUUCGGUGGAACAAAGUAGUUCCCUCAAAACCUUUUCAAAUUUGGAGUUCGGAUUAACUUUAAAUUCUUUCAAUUUGCACUUCGAGUGGCAAAGCUGACCGAAAACCCAAUUUUGGCCUUUUUUUUUGUUUUCGCAUGCGAGGAAUUGAUAAUGAUAUUCGCGGAAAAUUAAAACUACCAUAAACAGCCUCAGUAAAUAAAGUGCUGUAUGUUUAAUUAACAAAAGCAAACCGCAAAAUGACAUCGGCCAAUAUCUAAUCGUGAUGGAGUUCACGAAGGUCUCGAAUUUCGAAGUAAAUUAGUUUUGCAAAUUUUGAAUUAAACCGUUAUAUUGCAUGCUAUUUAGUCACGGUUUAAGGUAGUGGGGAAUCGAGCUACUGUAGGUUAUAUUCUCCGUCGCGAAGAUAAAUCGACGGAUGCGAAGUUAUCUUGAAUCUGAUGUCAGAAGUGAGACGAAAUAGUCUGCCAGAUACCUGAGUUUGGAAGAAGAAUACAGCAGAAGCAAUUACCGAACCGUUCUAAAUUUGAGGUCAAAAUUUCAUCUUCCAUUUUUUUCCGAACACUUUCGUUGAGCGUUGGUCGGGUUGAAAUUGCUGGGCUAACAAAGUAAUCAGUACACACUUAUUGGCAAGUCGUCAAAGUCAACUCAAAACUGCCAUUGUAUCUAGCAAAAUAUGAUGAAUAGCUCCACAACUGAAACAGUGAGAGUAGCAGAGACCGUCGCUCCACCAGCCAUGAGCGACGCGCAGUGCGCUCAUUUGAGUAAAGUUUUGCCGCAGGAUGGCGACCUGUUCACUCCUUAUGUUAUCAACUGUGUCAUAAUGUCCGUUCUCAGUGGAACAGCAGUAUUAGGAAAUGUUUUAAUCUUGAUAUCGCUCUGCAGAGCUCCUCAAUUUUUGCGACAGCCGUCGUAUUUUCUUUUGCUCAAUCUCGCCUUUGCUGAUUUGUGCGUUGGUUUCGUGGCUGAACCGCUCUACUUGAUCUACAAGAUUUCCUAUUUGUUAAAUCCAUUUUCUAUUUUAUCCUGUUACGCCGGGGUUGUGUUCAACUUCUUUUCCUAUUUUUUAACAUCUCUAUCGCUUUGGACCGCCGCAGCAAUUUCGCUGGAUCGACUUUUGGCACUUCUUCUCCAUAUGAAGUACUCCGCAAGUGUAACAAAGAGGAAAAUUAUUGUGUUGAUUGCUGUAUUAUUGGUACUCAGUUUCGCUUUCGCGUCCAUGUUUCAGUGGGCACUCAACGCACAGAACACUGUAUUCGUGUGCGUGAAUUCUCUAGCGCUGAUAAUAGCCUUCUUGUCUUACGUGAGGAUUUUUCAAAUCAUGCGUUAUCACCAAAGACAAAUUUCAAAUCAUCAGCUUGGCGAGAUCUCGAUCACGGAGAGGGGUGAAACCGAUUCCGUAGGUACUUCUUUUCACGGACACGAAAUGAGAGAACAAUUGAAAGAAGUUGCUACCGAAGCUAACGGAAAUGAAGGAACAGUCGAUGGUAAGGAAGGGACCGAAACGAGCGCAGCGCGUGAAAUCGAGCAACAUAGAUCGUAUCACCUUCAAUUACAUGAGAAGGCAACAAGCGCGUCUUCUCUAAGAGAGGGUUUGAAACACCAUCCACAGCAUAUACAAACGAAAACUGCGCGAUCCAAAAAUCUAAGCAAAAUCGACGAACAGCCUGAAGACCUUAAAAAUGUGGUAAUUAAAGAGGACACAUCUAAAUUUGUGAAAAGUACACAAAAAAACCUGCCAUUUGACGCGUCAGCUGUUACAAAACCAUCGCAAACAGACAUUUCUGUCCUUGGCAACCUGUAUCAUGGAACGGAGCAAAAACGUGUGGGGCCAGAAAUAGCGGAAGGAAGCGAAGAAUCGCGAGCAGACGAAGGUAGCCGAAAUUUCCUAGCAGAGAACAGCAGCAGUGGAUCGCGCCAGGACAAACAAGUCAGUAAUUCAGCACUCGUCUUGACCGAAAUGCAGGCUUUGAAAGUAAUGCACGAAGAUGAGAACAAAUCCGUGAAAAGUAACAUACUGCCGAGAGAAAGUUGCACCCUUGGAGAAAAACGAACUGAAACCAGGUCGUUAGAGAAUAAGAUUCAGAAUAGCGCUGUUGUAAAGGAAAAAACGCCUGCUUUGUUAAGCGGAGAAACACAAGAACUAAAAGAUAACACGACUGUUUCAGCCUUCACUCUCGACCGUCAACGGAGUUCUACAAACAAUGAAAUAACAAACGCCGAUUUAAUUGCCAACAAAACUAGAAAAGGAUUCAAAAUGAGGCAUUUCAAAAAGUCAUUUUACAACAUGUUCGUCAUCUGGUUUCUGAUGCUACUCUGUUAUCUCCCUGGCAUAUGUACAUCUAUGCUCUUUUUGUUGAUGGGCCGUAGUCACGCGAUGCAUUUAGCAUUUAAUUUCACUACCUCUGUGAUGUUUUUGAAUUCUAGCAUCAACCCCAUUGUGUUCUGCUGGAGAAUAAGAGAGUUUCGCGCCGCUGUGAAGAAGACCCUGAAAGACGUGUUUGGCAUUUGGAGCAAUCAGAGUAGCUAACAUAAUAACAUUGGGGGCUCUUAAAACUUGAAAACCUUCAAUUUACUUUGACAAAUCUUUACACAUUUAAGAAAAUCCAUUAGUGUAUUAUGUGUUUUGAGCACGAUCUUAUAGCAGCGUCGACAGCUAAAUAAAUACGAUCGAGCUCUCGUUGCGCAGCGAAUUAUCAUUUACAAAGCGUCGUUGUUUUGUAGUUUUGCUGUUAUGUUGUUCCUUAAGUCGAAGUAGAGCAGUAAAAAACGGUUAAAAGUGAUUUUUGAACGCGUUUUUCAACAACCAUAUGCCAUUUUAUCUCAUCAUCUAUGCAAAAAUAGUUUGUUUUUUUCUCACAAAAGUCAAGUGCUAUAUAGCCUUAUUUAACCUCUCAGAAAGGUUUGUUUGAGUGACAUGGGAUGAAGUUUCGCACGUAAGAAGCUGUAUUAUUAAAUAUGACCAUGACAUGAG